AUGACUGAGACGGGAUCCUACGCCAUGGAUGGACCACUUCGAGACUCGUCCGAGUCGAUGCAGAAGCAGGAUGGUGCUGAUAAUAGUGCUUCCAUCGACGAUGCAGAGCUCAAGAGCGAGUAUCCUUCGGGGCUGGCAGUGACCCUUAUCCUGACAUCCGUGACUCUGGCAUAUUUCCUAUUCUUCCUGGACCUUGCUGUUCUUUCCACCGCUACCCCGGCCAUUACCUCGCGGUUCGACUCGCUGGUGGACGUCGGCUGGUAUGGUGGUGCGUACCAGCUCGGAAGUGCUGCCUUCCAGCCUUUGACUGGCAAGAUCUACAGCCAGUUCUCUAUAAAGUGGACCUUUAUUGUCUUCUUCAUUCUCUUCGAGAUUGGCUCUGCCAUCUGCGGAGCAGCCCAGUCGUCGCCCAUGUUCAUCGUCGGCCGAGUGAUUGCCGGCGUAGGAUCUGCCGGCGUGGCUAACGGCGCUGUGACAACUAUCUCUGCCGUCCUUCCAACUCAGAAACAGGCCCUGUUCAUGGGAAUCAACAUGGGAAUGGGCCAGCUGGGCCUGGCGACGGGACCCAUCAUCGGAGGAGCUUUUACCACGGGGGUGUCCUGGCGGUGGUGCUUCUACAUCAACCUCCCGUUGGGCGUCAUCGUCGGUGGCUUUCUUCUCUUCAACACGAUCCCCGAACCGAAACCAAAGGACCCGCCGUUGCAGAUUCUCGGCACCGCCAUCAAGUCUCUGGAUCUCCCCGGAUUCAUGCUCAUCUGCCCGGCAGUCGUCAUGUUCCUCCUGGGGCUGCAGUUUGGCGGGAACCAGCACCCUUGGAAUAGUUCUGUCGUGAUCGGCCUGCUGGUUGGCGGAUUUGUGACGUUGAUCGUCUUCCUGGUCUGGGAGCAUUAUCGGGGAGACGAGGCUAUGGUGCCGUUGGCAAUGCUCAAAAACAAAGUCAUUUGGUCGACCGCAAUGACCAUGUUCUUCAGUCUGUCCAGUGUCCUGGUGGCCGAUUUCUACAUUGCAAUCUACUUUCAGGCAAUCCGUGACGACUCGCCGUUGAUGAGCGGUGUGCACAUGCUUCCCAUCACGCUCGGUUUGGUUCUGUUCACCAUGGUCUCGGGCGCUCUAAUCUCCAUGUUGGGUUACUACCUUCCCUUUCUCCUCGCAGGAGGUGCGAUAUCAGCCGUCGGCUACGGACUCUUGUCGACCCUCAGCCCUACAACUUCAGUUGCGAAAUGGAUCGGAUACCAGAUUCUUUACGGUGUGGCAAGCGGCUGUACAACUGCAGCUCCCUACAUUGCCAUACAGAACCUCGUGCCUACCGAGCAGAUCCCCCAGGCCAUGGCUAUUAUUAUCUUUUGGCAAAACAUCGGAGCUGCUACCUCUCUGAUUGCAGCAAACGCCAUUUUCAGCAACAGCCUCCGUCACCAGCUCCAACAGCGCAUUUCAGAAAUUGGCCACUCCCCAGACGUCAUCGUCGGUGCGGGCGUCCGCUCCAUCCGUGACCUGGUGUCCGGCUCGCAGCUCACGGCUGUCCUUGCUGCUUAUGCCAAAAGUAUUGACAAUGUCAUGUAUCUUGGUAUUGCUGUGAGUGUCUGCGUCAUCAUUUUCUCGCCGGGUCUCGGAUGGAAGGACAUUCGCAAGACCAAGGACCUCCAGGCGAUCACCAGCGAGUCGCCCGAGAGCGGCGAUAAAGAGGCCAUCUAA